AUGGGGCUGUCGUUCACCAAACUUCUCAGCAGACUGUUUGCUAAGAAAGAGAUGCGUAUUCUUAUGGUGGGUCUUGAUGCGGCCGGUAAGACCACCAUUUUGUAUAAGCUGAAGUUAGGCGAAAUCGUUACCACCAUUCCUACCAUUGGAUUUAAUGUGGAAACAGUGGAAUACAAAAACAUCAGCUUCACUGUGUGGGAUGUUGGGGGUCAAGAUAAGAUUCGACCUCUGUGGAGACACUACUUCCAAAACACACAAGGGCUUAUCUUUGUGGUUGACAGCAAUGACCGAGAUCGUGCUGUUGAGGCUAGAGAUGAGGUGCACAGGAUGUUGAAUGAGGACGAGUUGAGGGAUGCUGUGCUUCUUGUCUUUGCAAACAAGCAAGAUCUUCCAAAUGCCAUGAAUGCUGAUGAAAUCACCGAUAAGCUUGGCCUUCAUUCUCUUCGACAACGCCACUGGUAUAUCCAGAGUACAUGUGCCACUUCCGGUGAAGGCUUGUAUGAGGGAUUAGACUGGCUUUCAAACAACAUUGCUAACAAGAAAAAUAGCAGGCUAUCAGGAUUGGACUGGUUUGGUGGUGAUGGCUGCCCAGGGCAAUGUAUAUUAUCAAACGGUUCACUAAAUCGGAUUUGGUGGGUGAAGGCUACAGUCCGUACACAAAGAUUAGCAGACAUCGGCUUUAAAAUGGAUUUGGCUGGUGACCGUACAGAUAGCUAUGGACAGAGUAUCGGCUUUCUUUUUCGGUUUGAUACGGAUUAAAUUUGCUAAUUUUACCCUACCUUUCAAACUUCCAAAAUAUUUAGAUUGUGGUGGAUGAUUUGAUUAUGAUGGAGAUCGAUUGUGGUUGGUUUUGUUGGUGUGAUUUAGGGGAUUUGGCUGUGGUUUGGAGAUGGCUGCCAGGGUUUAUAUACAGCUAGCAAACACGGAUUUGGAUGGAGAAGGUUUCGGCUUCGGCUUUUAUCAGCUUACACGGGUUUAAUCUGCUAUUUUUUCCUUCCCUCUUAGACUAUCAACUUUUUGUCUGCCUCCUAUGAGAUGACGUGA